GGGAUCAUAUAGCGCGCUAGUCUGCCAAAGAAAGUGAACACAGCCGGAGCUUGUGCGGCGUUUUCUAGCGGUGCAACUGCGGCAAGUUUUCACACCAGUUAUCGCGGACUGUUUACAAGGCAGACAAAAAAAAUUACGAAGAAGCGACGAAUCAGCGCCAUAUGCUCCCUCCCCCCCUCCUUCCCGUUUUGAAGCUCAUUGCGGCUGCUUUAAUCUCACUCAAUUUGCACACGGAGGAUCUAUGAAGGAGCACGCAGCUUUUUCAACCUGCACGCCAGACAGAGGGAACAAGGAGUGACCUACCCCCGCUGCCCUCAUGCCGGGCAUAAGCUCCUCUACGGCGCCUCGUUAUGACAACUGGGACAUGGACCACCUGGACCACUACCAACAUUAUUUCUACGACGACCACAACCCCGAUGAGGAUUUUUUCAAGUCCACGGCGCCCAGCGAGGACAUAUGGAAGAAAUUCGAGCUGGUGCCGACCCCGCCCAUGUCCCCUAUUCGGGCAGUGGAAGGGUCAGGCAGGUUGGUGUGUCCAACUCUUGGGGACAAACUGGAGUGGGUGUCACAGUUUUUGGGGCAGGAGGAUGAACAACAACAACAACAACAACAGCAGCAGCAGGACCCGCCUUGCAAAGUGACCCCUGCCAACGACCCCAUUGGGAACCUGAGCUCCAUCAUCAUCCAGGACUGCAUGUGGAGCUGCUUCUCUGCUGGCCAGCAGCUGGAGAGAGUUGUAGGGGAGCGCUGUCUCUCCUGCCCCACGAGGGGGCCCGCCGCCAAGGUUGGGUCCACCGUGGCGUCACCGGGGAGGGCGCAGGGUGUCCCUGCUGAUGCGCCAGCUCUCAGCUGUCUUGCAGCGGAUUGCGUGGACCCGGCUGCUGUGCUCACUUUCCCUUUGAAUACCUGCAAGAAGCAAGUCUCCUCUGGGUCCGAGUCUCACACCGACUCAUCAGAUGAUGAGGAUGACCAAGAUGAUGAUGAAGAGGAGAUCGAUGUGGUGACAGUGGAGCACAAGCAGCAACAGCGCAAACCCCGCCGACUGGUCAACGCCCGCAAACCGGUGACCAUCACGGUGAGGGCUGACCCCCUGGAUCCCGGCAUGAAGCGAUUCCACAUCUCCAUCCAUCAACAGCAGCACAACUACGCCGCCCCCUCCCCGGACACCCUCCCGCCGGCGGUGGAGCCGCCCCGCAAGAGAGUCCGUCAAGAGGCCUCUGCGCACGCUCUCCACCAUCAGGGCCAGAACUGCCACCAGCCUCGGCUUGGCCACGCCCCCUUGAAUUUGGACAGCAGACAGUCUCAAGUAACUGCGGCCGAGUUGCCCAACCUCAAUGCCUCUUCGCCUACCUCCUCCGCGUCGCCUUCUUCUCCUCCUUGCUCCUCCUCCUCAUCCUCUUCUUCAUCGCCCCACUCGAAACCCCACCACCUCCCGCACUUUUCCAGCCCCCAAUCCUCCGACUGCGAGGACACGGACAGGCGCAAGGCUCACAAUUUCCUGGAACGCAAGCGCCGCAAUGACCUGCGCUCACGCUUCCUGUCACUACGGGACGAGAUCCCGGGCUUGGCCGACUGCCCCAAGACGCCCAAGGUGGCCAUCCUGACGCGGGCCACCGAGUACCUGCAGCAGCUGCACGCCAGCGAGAGGCAGAAGGUUCAGGAGAGGAAGCAGCUGAAGGCCAAGCAGCUGCAGCUGCUGCAGAGGCUGGCUCAGCUCAAACGAUCCUGAGCAUGGACGGUCUCGGAACUGAACAGGACUAAAUGAAGGACAUUAUUAAGAUCACGUUGGAAUUGUGCGGGUGGAUUUUUCUUUAUUUUUUUUGUGGUUUGCACAUUUUAGCUUCUGAGUGAGGCCAUAAGCCAGUCCAAACAACAAGCUUUAGGACUGAUGGUCGUUGGUUAUCAACGUCCCCAUGCUAAUUCAAUGUUACAUCAAAUUGACACUGAUCAAGUGUUGCAUGGUGGGGCUCUUUGUGAUGUCUACGAGACUGAAAGGUCCCCUGAAGAAUCACCUUUUUUCUCAAUUUUGUGCCAUUAUCCCCACACACACCUCAAACGGAUGACCAUUUGUAGCUCCAAUUAAGUGCAACUUAUUUUUUUUUCCUAUUUGCAGCAGCAUUGCAUCCACGGAAACGGCCUGAUUUGUAGCAAGUUAAUGUAAGUUCCUAUUCAGAUGCAAGGUUUUUUUUUUUUUAAACUAGACUUAAAAAGAUAAAAAAAUAUUGUGCCAUGAAGACCAGCCAAACGUUGAAUGUCAGCUUCAGUAUAUCAACCAAAUCCAUAGAGAAUGGCUUAAAUUUAAUUUGUUUGAUGCCAACUGUUUAAAAUGAAGCCCCCAGUAUAUCUUGCUGUGUAAUUACUAUAUUUGUAAAAUGUUAAUUUUCAUCUGCUACGAAUGCCAGUAGAAGCCUUUCAAUAUUGGCUGUUUCUGUACAUGGUACCCGUUUCUGUACAGUCCCUUCCGAACCAAAACCAGAGCUGUGUACUAUACGCAUCUUAGUUUUUUCUUCUCCAGCCUUGGCGUCUUAAAGCUUACUGGCUUUUCAGAGAUAACUCAAAGCUUCUAUUUUUGUUAAUAAAAAUAAAUAAAACACUGAGUGAACAUUAACAACACGGGACAACUUUUGUCACAUUUUCCUCAGCAAUGCCUCCUUGUUUGUGUCUUCUCUGUCUUGGCUCUUUUUUUUUUUGUAAAUGUCACAUGACAAAGUUUUAUACUAUAUUUUCCUACAAAGCUGUCUUCAGUGUGAGCUUGUUUUGUUAAAGUGGCUGAUGGGGAUUUACUGGUGGUUCUGUGCUGAAAAUUGAUGCCUGAAAAAGAAAUUUGGAGUUGUAACAUUGUCUUAAUUGAGGAUGGAUGUUUGGAGCCAAACGAGGGGGGGUAUUACUGAACGUACUU